UCUGCUGCUAGAGAAAAUUAAAAUUUGACCGUCAUGCUCAUAAACUUUAUGACAAGCAAUAACAUGCCCAUUAUAACGUCUUGUAAUAAAUUUAAACUGAAAUACGUCUGAUUUUAGAAUAUAUGCGUUCCAGAAAUGUAGAGACAUUUCAGUGAUUUUUAAGUUACAAACCAAGAACAAAAUUAUUUGGUAAAGUAAUUCAGUGAAGUGAAUUUUGCAUUUUCUAUUUGAUAGCACGAACUCUCGGUAAUGGCAGGCUUUUUUUCAGGAAAGACCUUCAAUUGGAAGAACGUGCUUUUCCACUUACCUAGUUGGUAAUUAGCAAACUUCGUGAAACUCUACCCUUUAGGGCGCUUUAGAUAAUGCUGUUACCUGUUCAGCUUUAAACAGACUUGGUUUCAGAUAAAUCGCAGACAAUUCCAAGAAAUCACUGAAAUGGUAUAUAAUUUAGACGAAGAAGCCCGGAAAAGAAUCAGCAAAGAAUGUCGAAAGUGUACUCACUAACAAACAGAUAUGAAGAAAUUCAGCGGGGGAUCAGUAUUCCCAUUAUUUUUACUCCUUUUCCAUAUUAUAGAUGGAGUAGAUUCAGGGCAAAUUUCAGGUUUGGAAAUCAUAAUGCCCCCUUCGCACGUAGCCCUUAGCGGAGAUUUGCAUAUCAAAAUCGUAUCAUCAUCCUUUCUACCUCUUGUGGUCCAAGUUUCUCGUCUGGAAGGCAGUUCCGUUCACCCACUAACUACGUUUCCUGUUUAUCCAGAAGCCAGUGCGCUGAAGAAAAAUUUGACGUUGGUUAGAGUCCAAUGUGGAUAUUUUUCUCGUGGCGGACAGUACUAUGUACAAAUUAAAAAGCAGCCUAUUUUAAGUAUCAACUCAAGUGAUUCUGAAACAAUAACCAAAGUGAUUGACGUGCGAUGGCCAAUGCCGCAGCUUACCGUUACGCCUGAAAACUUGAAGACGUACCCGGAAAAUCCAGUUACAUCGAUCCUAACUUUUCCAGAAGUGGAAUGUCUACCGGUGCAAAACACCCCUCCAUCAGCGUUACCAGAAUUUUGGCUCGAACUACAUUACUGUGGACACUCGCUUUUAAAUUGCGGAGAUGGAAGCAGUUCCGAGCAAACCAAUACGACCAGUCAUCAGGUUCUCUACUCCGAACAAGUAAGAGGUCUUCCAGGCAGAAGAGUGUUUAUAUUUCGAUGCGAGUUAUUUGGCUUAUCAGGCCAUUACUCCAUAAUUCUGAGACCUACCAGUUCCGAUCCCGCAAUACCCAGGACGGCCGCUUAUGUUAAGGUCGACUGGAGUGACCAAUUCGUCUUCAACGUUCAUGCACAUUCAAUUUUCCCAUGUGAAACACACAAUGGAGGGGUUAAAGUUCUAUUUCAAUACCCAUCCUGCAUUUUGGCAAGUGGUGAUCGCGUUCGCCUAUUUGCAAGACUACGAGCAAAUGUAGCUUCUUUGGCUCCGCCCACGACAUUGGAAUACAUUGCGGAACAGAAGGUAAUAAGGGGCCAACAUACUUUAAAUUUCGAGUGCCAUCUCUUUACGGAAAGGUACAUAGAAUACUGUUUUGUCUACGUGAGCCAAAGUAUAUCAGGAGCAGUAGCAGAUGUUCGUGAGGAUUGUGUACCUACUCUGCCAGUUUCAGAUCAGGAAAGAGGAGAAUGGAGUCCAUGGAGUCAAUGGAGUCCGUGCUCCAGUACCUGUGUGGGAGGGAUUCGUAACAGGUACAGACUUUGCGAUUCACCUCCACCGAGAUACGGAGCCAAAUUUUGCGAGGGGCCAGCCGUUGAAACGGAAAAAUGUGGAGCUGGAUUAGGAGCUAGCUGGGAAUGCAUAUACAGCGGUGCCAUUUCAGGAGGAAACAUGAUUUCGGCUGAGAUACCGGAAAUUCAAGCGGAAGUCGGCCCAUUUUGCCGUUGUGGUUGUGUUGUACAUUUGGGAAACGCCAAGCCAAAACGAUUACUUGCAACGUCUAGUCAAAGUUGUCCUGGAAGGACAUUUUGGCUAAUACAAGCUGAUGAUGACUGUGUGAUCAAAUUCAGAGUAGAGCAAUUCAAUCUGCCCUGCGGUAACCAGUGGCUCAAGAUCAGGGAUGGCAGUUCACUAUCGUCAGCACUGCUUUCAGAUUUAUCAGGACAGCCUGGGACCGUUCCGUCUCAGGUGAACUCCACAGGACCUAACUUACUGUUGGAAUUUUACUCAGACGACAUCACUUUGGGAAGCCAAGUUUGUGAUGGUGGCUUUCUGGCCGAAGCAAGUCAAAUUAGAUUGAUUAAACUAAAUAUUAGUGCAGUACAGGUCGCCCACAGCGUCAGUUCCGUAAUCCCGUUGGCCGUUUUAAAGCUGACCUCCGUACAUAUUGCGGCAAUUUUUUUUCUUAGUGGCUUGAUCAUUGCCACCACCAUUUUGGGGAUACAGUACGUUUUUCGAUACAGAAAAUACCAGGUAGCACAGCUGGAGGAUCAGGACUCACUUUCAGCCUCAAGUACGAAUCUUCAAAUGUCGGCCAGAACUCAGUCGAAUGCGACACUUUUGUCGGAAGUUAUUUCGUUGACAAGAAUGCGCCCUCUCAAUAUGAAAAGUCGACAGAACAAGCAUACAAGACUUCGAGAGUCGGUGGAUUGCGACAGAGACAUUGACGAGGAAGUUGCUUUAGCGAAAGAUGACCGUUCAGCAACAGGUAGCUCUAAAACUUUGAUAGCUGAAAACGAAGUCCCUGCCUCCACGGCACUUCCAACUCUGGCUAAUCCUGAAUGUGAUGACCUGACUCCGACAAGCAGCGUCCCAACAUCACCUCGCGGCCAGUGGAAGAUUAUUCGGAGGUCUUCCACAUUAAGCGAGAAGGACGGUUCAACAGAGAAAGAUGUUUACAAGAAUCAGAGUCGGAGAGUCAGCAACGUUACACUGACAAACGUGAGCGAUGACGAAAUGUGCUCUAAAAGUGAUCCGGGAUGCUAUUCUUCAGUAGCCAGCAUGGUAAGCGUGGCUACCAUCCGAAGUACAAAUGCCAAAGCCACUAAGGACAAAAGAAACCGAGAAAAAUUGCUGGCUGGACCUGGUGGCUCUGAAUUCUCAAUCUCUGCGCCAGACAAUGAUUUGGAGAUAGAUUACUAUGAUUAUAAUGUAGUGAAUGCAGGAGCGGCACCUGGUUCUUACUUAGGAAUGGACCCAGCGUUUCUAGUUUGGAUUCCGCCCCUGGACGAAAGUGGGGAAAUUCUUCCUCACAUUGAAGUGGAAUGUCAUGAGAUGGUGGACAUUCGUCCAAAAGUAUAUGUUAAUCCAGGAAGCAAUACUGAGUCACCGGAAGAAGAAUCAUUAGUUCCGAAACCCCGUAGACGAUCCGUUAGUGAGAGUAUAGCCACAUCUUCACUUAUGUCAAAAAAGAAGGUUAAAAAAGUGAUUCCUUUGGUUCAUGGUAAUGUGACCCAAGUGGACAACAAAUAUUUAAAUGAAGCCCGGCAUAUUAUUGAUAACAGAAAAGUAGCAAUUCAGAUGCAAGAGUUCCCCAGAAAAUUGAGACCCAUCGUUCCACUCGACAUGGAAAAGGAAACUAAAGUGGAAAAAUCUCCGAGUGUAAAUAAUAGUAUUUUGGAUGAUAUUCAAUUUGCUGACGACGACGAGGAAGAAUUGGAUUUAAGUGAGCUGCCUCAUGUCAUUGAAAGCAAAACCUAAUAUAUUCGAAAUCAUCACCCAUAUCUGCGUAUUAUCACAAAGUUAAGCAGCAUAUCUAAAUUUUAAAAAGUACAUUUCAUAUUCGUUCAAGAGGUCAAAAGUAGUUCUACUUAAAAAAAACUAACACGGUGUAAUGCAAACGUGAGUUACCUAAACACACAGGAUCAUUGUGCGACGUGACCUCCAUAGUAUUCCUCGAACAAAACGGAAAUUAAAAAAAAAAGAUGUAUUAGAGGUGUGCCUAUGUGCUAUAUUUUCAAACUGCAACUCAUUAUCAGGGAGGUUUAUAGAGAUUAGGAUCAAACAAAAUAUAUUUUACUGAAUCUGAUUUGCUUUAGCUCAAAUUUAAAAAUAUUACUAAAUUUACUUUUGUGAAACUCUUAGCAUGUGAAGUAUAUAUUUUCAGAUACUUACUGUGUGCACGGUGCACGUACACUUAGUGUAUGUAUGAACAUAUUCGAGAUAUUAACAUCUCGUAAACCGUAAGAUAAAGAAUAAUAAAUUACGCCAAAGCUCCACAUUUCUGCUGAACACAAAGCUGUUUUACAAGUUCGGAAAUUGCAAAAACUCACACAUUUCUGCAAACGAGUCUCAUAUUUGUCUAAGCUGAUUUGACGAGCUAUAAUUAUGCUCUGCGGGCGCAUCAUGACCUAUAUUUUUUUAAGACACGGACAUGAACGUGUGACAUGGGUUUGUGAAUUAAAAAAAAACUCCUGUAAUGUUAUGGUACACGUUCUCUCGGACAUUUCUAGUUGUUUACAAUAUUAUAUUUAUUAUCUCAUUAUAAAAAACAGUAAAUGGUGCACUGGUUUGAAGGCAUUUAUAUUUACGAACAAAUAUUUUCAACAAAAUUCGUAAUUUAAUUUUAACCACGAGAUUGCAAAGAAGCCGUUGAAAUUAAGCAGAAAAUGUUUCCUAUUUUUAUACAACAAUGUACAAUUUAUACUCCAAUGUAAAAUUAGCAGAUUCUUAUUUUGAAGCACAAAAUUAGACAAACGACGGAAUCACUUGAGCAACUUUCGGUUCUCUUGGAAUAAUUUCGGAGAUAAUCGAAAUUUUGUAACUUCUGAAACAUCAUUGUGUUCAGUGUUAACAACAUCAAUUUUGCCUUAAUUUCACCGAGUUCGUAUAUCUUCAAAACAUUGGACCAGAAUACAAAUUGACACUUUAAAUGGCUUCGGAACCGUUUUGUGAUUAAUAUAAUAUCAUGUUCAUUGUUGCAUUUUCUAGAGAUACUCAAUGAUUUCCACCAAAAAUAAAUAGCACUUGACAAAAUUAAUUUGCAUAUAACAGAUCCAUCAUAUUUUGGAUUAAAAUUUAGAAACAGUUGAAAAACUGAAAACAGUCGAACUACUGAACACGUUUCACUAACGACAAACAUACAUAUAAGUUGGAGUUAUUACAUGUAUAUUUGAAAAAUGUGAGAAAAAUCAUUUUCAAUUUUUUUUGAUUAAAAACAUAUAUUAAUUUUCAAAUGAAAUUAUGCACUGAUGACUAAAAUCGAAGAACUAAUACUGCGAUGAAAAUUUCAAUUUAGGUUCAAAGUUCAAAGUCGAAAAUCAAACUUUAAUCACUACCGUGGUAUAAAAUGAUCAUCCUUGUUAAUCCUUAAGUUCUUUAUUCUCUAACAUCUAACAGUUACUCUCUGUUCAAUUGUAUGUUAUCUUGGGGAUCUUGGGGAGUAUAGUAGGUUUAUCCUAUACCUAUGGCAAAUACAGUUGUUAAAAUACAACCAUAUUUAAACCAUUAAAGAUUUGAAAUGUCGCACGUUUUGCACAAAAAAAUACUUUGUUGACUUCAUGUACGAGACUUCAUGUAAAGUUCGUAUUUUUAUAAUUCCUUUAAAAAUAUUAAAUUGCCAAAAGGGGCGUUAAAACUUUUAGGGAUGCUAAGUUUCAAUUUAUAUCUACUUUCUAACAUCAUUUUAUUAAUUAGUUAGUCUGCAGAGUGCAAUACAAACUGACUUAAGGGUACUGAAAUUGACUACGAAUAUGAAAAAAGAAAACAUAAUAACCCGCUUAAGACUAUAUUGAUGUUGAAUUCUAGUUUUAUUACUUAGGACCCUAAGAUCAAAAGUGUGUUCUCAGGAGAACGAGGUUACUAAAUGAGACUGAAUGUUUAAUAGUUAAUAUUAUGUCGUAACAUUUCUUUUGCGCUUGAUCUAGGAAAUUGUUUUAAAUCUAUUUGAAUAUUAUUAUAGCAUACAUUUUAUACGUCCAAAAAGCAGUUAAUUUAAAAAUUGUUAAAAUUGGGGGUUUUAAUACUUUUUUACAUUAAACAGGAUUUAUUGUUGCGUGUUAUAUUUAAUUUCAUACAGUGGCAAAUCCAGGAUUUGGUUAUAAAAAGGGGGGCUGGAGUUAUAAAAAAGUUACAUCGUUGCAUCGACGAACAGUGGGGUAUUUGAUAUUAAUUUCUGAUCGAAAUUGUUUUUGAAUCAGAGAUUUCUUUAAAACGUUUUACAUUAAAACCGGAUCAUAUGAUAAGUAAACAUUUAAUAUUUUGAAGGAUGAACAGUUAUCUGUAUUAUACGGGGUUAGCAAAGAAUUUCGCAACAGCCAAAUAUUUCAGCGACGAUUGCAAAUUUUUGUAAUUUUGUACAUCAGAAUUUUUAAGUUUACUUGAUCCAAUGAUUAUGUGCCUAAAUGCCAAAUUUUCAUAUUUGAACGAAUUUGUUUUUAUUUGAUGUUUAAAUGGUCUGCAUUUUAAAAACUAAAUAAAAAUAUGUUAUUUUCAUAUUUCAAUAAUUAUGACCCUAAAAAGUCGACCAAGUGAAAUCAAAUGUUUGCUUAAUUAGAUUUUUUAAAAUUUUUCAAACAUGUAAAUAAAUUAUCUCUACUUAUUUUCAACAGAUCUUGAUGCGUUUUUAUAAAAGACCCGACACAUGGAGAAAUGAAGAAAGAAAGGAAGAAUAAAUAUGACCUAUUUCUAAAAUAUUUAGGCACUGACCCAGUUUAUUUUAUUUUCGCCAACAAGAAGGCAAAAAUAACAGCCAAUUCUUUCACUUUAAAAAAGGAGAAUGUUUACUUCUAAAAAGUUAUGUUAAUGGCGUCCCUUACAAGCUGGAGCUAAAUUAUUAUAAAUGUCAAAUUUCGAAUUCAAAACCCUUAAAUACCAAAUGUCAACAAUACGUUGGCAUUAUUUAGAAAAUUGUAUGGAAAAAAACUAAAAUGUUAACACCCUGUAUCUGGAAAAGUGUGCACUUUCGGACUUAUGUUUAAGGGAACUUUUUCUCAAAACGACCAAAGAAAUCACGUCCUUAACAAUUGCCGCGUCUUUUUUCAGCAUCCUGAUGUGUAGUUGACGGAUUGCAGUUUUACAGUGAUAACAUUGGAGUAGUUUGUCUGUUUUGGCCAAAGUAGCAGCCAGUGUUUUAGUCAUCAAAAAACUGGAUGUUUACUGAGUAAUAAGUAUAUAAUAUAAACUUAGCUGAAUUCAGAAAAAUAAUUAAUUAAACCUCUCUGUUUUUGCCCAGUCAUAUUUGCUCUUUUUAUAUUAUUUUUGAAACCUCUUAUAUAAAAUUUAAAAAAACUUAUAAUAAUCGCUUUUUGAAACGUAAUAUACCUAAUAUGUCAAAAUGCACACUUGCAAGUUGGUCGGGGCUCAGUUUGCAUGUAAAAAGGACACAGUAUCGAAUCGAAAUGAUGGAUUUACACAUAAAAAUUCAGAAUUAAAUUAAAAUUAGUUUAAGUCGUAUUUAGACGUAAAAUGACUGUCUGUGUCUGGGUGUGGCUGCAGCCCCCUAGCCCCCUCCCCGCCGGAUUCGCCACUGCUAUCAUCACAAUUUAAUUUUGUUUUACGGUUUUAAGAAAAUGUUUUACAACUUUAAAAUAGACGGGGUACAUAGAUCUGCUAUCAAUUUUACUAUGUAACAGCUUGAGAAACUAAUAGUCAAAUGGCAUACCAAAUCAAAAAAAAAAUCAAUAAACAAUGAUGUCCACUGAAAAAAUAGGUUUCCGCUUUUGUAUAAUUAUUAAUUGAUUUAAGCUGGUUGUUCAAAUUACAAAUACAAUAUUAUGCAUAAUAUGUAUGGUUUUCUUCGUACUAGCUGUAGAUAUUUAACUUAGAUUAAUAAAAGUUACUAAAAUAAGUACCGAUAUGUUACAUUUUGUGAUAAUUUUUCUAGUCAUCUACAAAUAAGCCGGUAUUUUGAUGAUGAGCGUUACUAGGAUUGGCAAUUUUUUUGACUAAGUGUAAAAAUAUAUUAAGACGUAGUUUUAAGCAGCAGAAAUUUGAUAUAAAUCAAAAUAAUGUAUAAGAUCUUUGCAUCUUGAAGGAUAAGUUUCUCUACAAAAUCGAACUUAACCUCUGCAUGAAAGAAUUCUAAUAUAAAUAUGAACAAUAUAUAAAGAUCUUUCUUCAUUUAAUUUUCAACAUUGUACACAACUUCUUCUAAACUGAUUGAAUAUUUGAUUAUUUUCAGUAAUGGCUUGAUGUAAAUGGGUUCUGGAAUACAUUUUUGAAAUAAAAUUAGUAACUCGCAA